AAUACACACAUUUAUUUAACAAGUGAAAUAAUAAUAAUAAAAUGAAAUUAAUUUUUAAUAAUAAUAAUUUCCAUUUGAAUAUACUACUUUCCUACUUUACAUGUUUUGUUUUAAUUAUUCAUGGUCAAUUAAUGCAAACAAAUACAAACAAGACAGUGCAUACAGUGAAUUUUACAAAUCAUACUGGUAAAACUACGUCCAAUGUUUCAGUGAAGACAAAUUUGUCAGCAAAUGGUCAUUUAGUAAUAGAAGCUGCGAAACUCACUGUCACUGAUUUAUCUCGUCAAGGUUAUUCUCUGUCAGUUGAAAAAGCAAAACAACAUACACACUACGCAUCGCCAUCAUCACAACAUCAUGGUGAGCAUACACAUAAUUAUGAUCAAUAUUUUCAAGGUAGUCCUGGUGCUAAUCACAAGCCAAUAGAUGAAGAAGAUUGGAUAUUACCAUCAGAAUGGAUAUAUCAACAGCUGAAUGAAUAUUUAACUUGUAUAUAUGAUAAACAAGUGAAUUGUGAAGAACAAUUUGUCACAAAAUUACAACUUAAAUUAUUAAAGAUUAAAAAUGAUAAAAAGAAACAACAAAUUGAAGCUGAAAAGCAUAAAACUACACCGCACAGAUCGUCAUUGUCGUCACCAUCGUCUGCUGCAUUUUCUACACCAAAAGAUCAUGCGAGAGCAUCAGUCCCAUUUGAAACACACACACAAUAUCCUACACUAUCGUUUAGUUUUGGUCAGCAGCAUAAACCAGAAGGCAGAGAUCAUGAAUCCCAUUCACGUCCUGAAGAACGUGAACAUGGUUUAUCACAACAUCAGAGACAUGAAACAACCUUUGAAGUACAUGGACAUUCUGACCGUCAUGAUAGACCAGAAGAGACACGCGAACAACACUCACAUCCACGUCCACAUCAUGUUCAUCAUGAUCAUCAUCAUCAUCAUGAUCACCACCACUCGUAUGCUCCGCCGCCACCACCACCCCCACCAUCGAUGUCGGCACCACAUCCUCACCAUCCACCACAUUAUCAACCUUCAUCACAUUCAUAUCAUAGUUCGCUUACUUCAUACACUCUGCUUAAGAAAUUAGCCAGCCUUAUUCCUAUGAUUGGUGAUGAUGAAAAAUCAGAACAGUCGGCUUUUUUCAAUCGUUACAGAGCAGAAUGA